UUUUUUAACUUUGGUUUGCCGUUCACAUGUUCGAUACGCGAGGUCGUUUUACUCGCUAGUUGUUUACAGUCGCGUUACGUGACAUCAAGUUGCGUCAAGUUAUGUCAAAUUACAAACACACACACACAUGUUGUAAAUUAUUAAACUUCGCCUGUAUACGUACAUCACGUUACUUACAUUACAUUACGAUUACAUCACACAAUAAUUCACAUUGAAUUACCUUCGCUACAUCACGAUGCUACAAAAUGCAUUUCUCUUGUUCUUCGCUGUAUUUUGGAUGGCCAUGUACAUCUUAGAUGCUGUUGUUAAGGCUUCAAGAUAUGGUUUAAAAUAUGCUGAAUUUCUGGGCAAACAUGGUGUUACAAUAUCAACAGCACAGAUUGGGUGGUUUACAACAUACUUCAAUCGCUUUUUCAUAAAGAUUGGCUCAAAACAGUCAACUUUCUUUAAAAUCUGGUUCAGUAUUGGUGUUGUAUUUUCCCUGGUGCUCCUCAUUAUGUCAAUGUUUUUGUUGCUGAUGAUAAUUUUCAACACCUUCACUGGUUAUUCAGUUGAGCAACAAAUCCUCACUCCUGUGAUGCCAGGAAUUAAUCUGCCAAUGAACCAGGUGUGGUUCUACUUGAUCACCCUGCUUGUUUGUGGUGUUCUGCACGAGGUAGGACACGCCCUUGCAGCUGUGGGAGAAGACAUACGGGUGAAUGGAUUCGGCAUAUUCCUUCUGCUCUUGUAUCCAGGUGCGUACGUGGAUGUCUGUCCUCACCAUGUGCAGUCCAUUUCAGCCAUGAGGCAGCUGAGGAUUUACUGUGCUGGCGUCUGGCACAACAUCGUCAUCGUUUUGCUGGCAGUUGCCUUCCUCAUAUGCUUCCCAACAUUCAUAUCUCUCUUCUAUUAUUCAGGACGGGGUGUUCUGGUGACUCGCGUGAAUUCGGACUCUCCGAUAUCAGGUGUCAGUGGUGUUCAAGUUAGUGACGUCAUAGUUCAGCUGGAUGAUUGUCAUGUCAUGAACAUGAACCAAUGGAUGAAUUGCAUUACCACUGUUACAAAAUCAACUAUGUCUGGAUAUUGUGUUCAGAAAGAAAUCUUUCAUGAUUUCAUUGUUAAUGUUUCAAACAAAACUGAUGCUGACCAGUUGGAAGAUUGCUGUAGAGAUAAUUCUGAUGGCUUGUUGUGUUUUCGCCACAAUCAUUCCAACAAUAAGUUCGGAUGCCUGAGAGCAAGGAACGUAGUGGAAGGCAGAAGAUGUCAACAGGAUGAGGAAUGUCGCACUUCCAGCCAUGAUGAUAAACACUUCGGUGACAGAAAUUUUAAUUCGGACGAUGACAACGACAUAAAUCAUAUUAAUAUUAACUUUGCUGGGUCAAAAAAUGUUACUCGGAAUCAUUUGAAAAGAAUGAGUGCCAUUUGCAUUCAUCCGCACGUUGAUAACGUCACGUGGCUGGUUAAGGUGAUUUACGAUGAUGCCAACAACAAACAACCACUCCUCUUCCUCGGCCACCCUUACGACCUCUUCUACUCAUUGUCUGUGAGUGAUUACCAGCCCAAGUGGAACUACCUCCCGCUCCACCUCCCAUACAUCUUGGAAACAUUCUGCAAGUACUUGAUAUCACUAUCAGGAGCACUGGCCAUCAUGAACGUCAUCCCGUGUUACGCAUUGGACGGUCAGUGGAUCACGCAGGCCACGUACAAUCUCCUCCUCCCCCACCUGACCAGCAACAAAUUCAUCCGAGACGUUACCUACACGGGCACCAUCAUGUUCGGGACCGCUCUCAUCCUCGUCAACGUCGCCAUUGCAUUCUGCACUCUCUUCCUGAGGUGACGACGUUCCGAAGAUGUCCUUCUGUUAGUGUUUGAGCGUGUCGAGGUAGUGGUCUUGAUGUCAUAAGUUGGUUAUCUCGACGUCACAUUCGGUGGUCUUGAUGUCAUGUUGUGGUGAUCUUGAUGCUAUAGUGUGGUGUUUUUGACGUCAUUAGGUUGUCCUCAUGAUAUUAUAAUGGAAUGUCCUUGAUGUCACAACCGUCAUGAUCUAGAUGACGUGCUGUGAUAAUAUUAAUAUUUUCAUGAGCUUAACGUCCUAAUGGGAUGAUCUUCAUGCCACAGUAUCGCGAUCUCGACGUCAUAUUGUCGGUUGUUUGGUGUUUAAAAUAAUUGUUGAAGAAAUGCCAGCUUGAAAGUCUUCCGUCACAGUUGAAGUUAUAAAUGAACGUUGAAAUUACUUCACAAACAGUUUCAUUUAAACGGUUUCACCAGUUAUUUAUAGACAACAUAGUAUUAUUAAUAUUUAUUUGUAUCGUGAUUUGAAGCAUGAUUAUCUUAAUAAAAAUUCUUACAACUGUCAUAAUAUCAGAACAAUAUUUUUUAUUGUAAAUGUUUUUAACAAAUUGUCAUUAUUUUUAUAAUUUAUAAAAAUUUGCACUAAAAAUGUAAAUUAAACGACAGAACUGAGUGGAAUUAAUAUUGUAGCGCAAUAAAUCACAUGAACUAGCAUCCGACACAAAUGUUCACAACUGACCAGAGAGUUCAUGCACCGAUGCAAAUCAGACAGGAACCCUAUCGAAAGUUCAGUGAAAAAAUAAUUCCACACCACAAAUACUGACUUGAUUCUCGCCCAAUGCUGAGACAGACGUUGAAUCAUUUAGGUGCGCCACAAUUUUAAUGUCCUCAACGUUGAGUACAACACGGUAAGGCACCAUUCUAAAGUUAGCCGUGGUUCUUUUCAGUAGUGUUGAUGCACACAAAUACUUUAAUAGCACUAUUUUUUCAUCACAGUAACUAUGUACCGAUUUUAUCAAUAUCACAUUAGUUCAAGUAUAUUUAAACAAUUUUAUUUAUUGAUUUUAAACAAAAGGUGCGUGCUGUUUGUAUUUAAUGAAUACAUGGUAGGCCCUUGGGAUAGAGCAAGACGAUAAAUAAAAAAUAUACAUGUUUUCCUAUAUCCAAUGUUUAAAACUAACACUAAAGUAAAUUACCUUCAAAAAGUCUAUUAAACUCAAGCUAUACAUAGCUUUGGCAUUUUUUUUAAAUUGCGAAAUACUCUUAUUAUAUUAAUUUCUUUUUAAAUAUAAAAAUCUUUAAAAAGUAACAAUUUGAUCGAUUAAGCAGCUCAGCCAUAAAAAUCUAUAAAAUGGAAUGAAAAUGGAAUUUCUAAAGUGCAGUUCUAAAAUGCUCACCAGACAAGAACAUUGUUAAAUUAUAAAAAUAAUAAAGAAUGCACUUGAAGGUGGUCGUCAGCAGUUCACAAACAUUUUCCACUCAAGACAAAAAAUGGCUACAGUUUUGCAUCUACAAGAAUUUUUAACAUCAAGCAAAAAAUGCAAAACAUCUGUGAUAUUAUAAAAGCAUUUAUGUUUCAUUUUCGCCAAUAUAACACGAACGAAAUUAACUAAAGUGGGAAAAAUGUUGAAAAACAUGAAACUUUACACUAAUAUAGAGAAACGAUACAGCUAGUUUAAAAUAAGUAUGCAUAGAAGUACGAAUAGAUUUAACAUGACAAUUUGUAAUGCAAAGUCGAAAAUGUUUUAAAGUGACUAAUAAAGAACAAAGGUACAAAUUUUGGUCAAAGUGUCGCCCAAAUACUCUGGUCGCCACCUCACUGAGAUUUCUUCCUACUUCUUUUAUAUGACAUAUCGUUUCCAUCGAGUAUUUCUUGGUAAGAACAAUUGACG